GUAAAAUAAAUUUACGCUCCAAAACUUAUAAUUCCUUAUAAUUAUAAUUGUAAAAAAAAAAAAGAAAAAAAGGGAAUUUGGCUUCCUUUCUGCAAAUUCUCACUCACGACAGACCCCUGAGUGAGGCACCCCUUUCUUUCUCUCUCUUUUCCCUUUAUUGGUGCUUCUGGCCUCUUUUUUCUUCCGCAUCAACACCACCUGAAAACUCUAUCUUCCUAUUCUUUUGUUGGUUCAGAUUCGGAAUAAUUAAAAGAAAGAAAGAAAAAAAAGGCCCAGAUAAUGUCAGGUUUGUAUAAUCCCAACUUCUCUCCUGCAAGAGCUGCUUCUCCUCAGAUUAGAAGCAGCGGUGAUGCUGACAGAGAUUUUGCGGGUUUCUGGAAUGAUGUCCAACCAAGGUUUUAGUGACUUUGAGAGAUUACGACACAGAAGUCCUAGUCCAAUGGCUUCUACUAACCUUGUGUCAAAUAUUUCUGGCACAGGUUUUGGUGGUUGGAAUGGACUUCCUCAGGAGCCUAGGUUAAGUGGUAAUCCGGGAAUGACAAUGGACUGGCAAGGUGCUCCUGCAAGCCCUAGUUCAUUUACUGUAAAGAGGAUUCUGCGGUUGGAAAUUCCAGUGGACACAUAUCCAAAUUUCAAUUUUGUUGGACGGCUUCUUGGACCCAGAGGCAAUUCUCUGAAGCGAGUAGAAGCUACUACAGGAUGUCGUGUGUAUAUCAGAGGAAAGGGGUCAAUUAAAGAUCCGGAGAAGGAAGAGAAACUCCGAGGAAGACUUGGUUAUGAACAUCUGAACGAACCGCUGCAUGUCCUAAUUGAGGCUGAUUUACCAGCCAAUAUCAUUGAUAUCAGGCUGAGACAGGCACAGGAAAUUAUAGAAGAACUACUCAAACCCGUGGACGAGCCAAAUGAUUAUAUCAAAAGACAACAAUUGCGUGAAUUAGCAAUGCUGAAUUCAAAUUUCAGAGAAGAGAGUCCUGGCCCCAGCGGUAGUGUCUCUCCUUUCAAUUCAAGCGGGAUGAAGCGUGCAAAAACUGGUCGCUGAGAGCUCACAUUACUGUCCAAUACAUUUUUCCUCUCUAUUAUGCAAAUUGAUCACUGAAAUGCCUGCCACCAGGUUAGGGUUCAGUAACUAGCAUAACUACAAAAUUGGAUGGUCAAUAUUCUUUUUUUUUUUUUUUUGAGUUUAUUUAUUAUUUAUUUUUAAACAACAGAAAGUUAAGAGAUGUCUUUUUGUUUUCCUCAUUUCUAUUUUGAGAGAGAGAGAGAGAGAGAGAGAGGUGUAGUGAGUAAAGAUUGUGUAUUUUUGUUUGGGGGGGUUCUAUCUGGUGAGGUCGUUCUGUCACAUAAACUGAAUAUAAUUAUUGGAUUUAUUCUUGUGUUAGUUACUUUUAAAUAAUGUGUAAUAUUCAUUAAAGACACGCAAUAGGAAGCAGAUUUUAGAAGGCA